UUUACCUUCGAAAAGUGGUGGCGGCUGCAGUUGGGCCCAGGCCCUGUGCCCCUGAAGAGAUGGAGUUUGUGUCUGGAUACCGGGAUGAGUUCCUUGAUUUUGCUGCCCUCAUCUUUGGCUGGUUCCGAAAGUUUGUGACAGAGCGCGGGGCUGUAGGGGCCAGCCUUGAGGGCCGCAGGCGGCAGCUGGAGGCUCAGAUCAGAAGGCUGCCCCAGGACCCUGCCCUUUGGGUGCUCCAUGUCUUGCCCAACCGUAGUGUAGGCAUCAGCCUGGGACAAGGGGCAGAGCCAGGCCCUGGACCAGGCCUGGGGGCUGCCCGGCUCCUGGGAGACGAGCCUCCACUCCACCUGCAAGACCUGAGCCCCUAUGUCAGCUUUGUAAGCCUAGAGGACAGAGAGGAAGGGGAGGAGGAGGAGGAGGAAAAGAAGGAGGAGGAGGAAGAUGGAGAAAAGAAUGGAGAGAGGGAGGGUGAAGGCACAGAGAAGGUGGAACCAGAGAAGAAUGGGGAGCCAGCCCCUACCAGCAGGGAGUCCCCCCAGGAAGCGAACCCUCCAGGGGAGCCAGAGGAGGCUGAGCAGGAAGCAGGAGGUGGUGAGGAUGGCUGCCGAGAGGACUGGGUGGACCAAACAGGACCUGAGAAGAGGAAGGGACCUGAGAAGAGGAAGGGACGGAGGAAUGAGACUACGCCCCUGCACCUUUCCUGCCUCUUACUGGUGACGGAUGAGCAUGGUACCAUCUUGGGCAUUGAUCUGCUAAUGGAUGGAGCUCAGGGAACUGCAGGCCGGGGCUCAGGGACCGAGAACCUGGCUCCUCGGGCCUAUGCUCUCCUCUGCCACAGCAUGGCCUGCCCCAUGGGCUUUGGGGACCCCCGAAAGCCCCAUCAGCUUACUGUGGGAGAUGCCCAACUGCAUCGAGAACUGGAGAGCCUGAUUCCAAGGCUGGGUGUGAAGUUAGCCAAGACCCCAAUGCGGUCGUGGGGUCCCCGGCCAGGUUUCACCUUUGCUUCCCUUCGGGCUCGAACCUGCCAUGUUUGUCACAGGCACAGCUUUGAAGUGAAGUUGACACCCUGCCCCCACUGUGGCGCAGUCUUGUACUGUGGAGAAGCUUGUCUCCGGGUUGACUGGCGGCGGUGCCCAGAUGAUGUGAGUCACCGUUUUUGGUGUCCAAGGCUUGCAGCCUUCAUGGAGCGGGCAGGAGAACUGGCAACCUUGCCUUUUACCUACACUGCAGAGGUGACUAGUGAAACUUUUAACAAGGAGGCCUUCCUGGCCUCUCGGGGCCUCACUCGUGGCUACUGGACCCAGCUCAGCAUGCUGAUUCCAGGCCCUGGCACCCCCAGGCACCCCUGGAGCAACACGCCAUCCCUCAGCCUUCUCAGUGGAGAUCCCUACCAGCUUCUCCAGGGGGAAGGGCCUACUCUGAUGCCUCCUGUGCCUCCAGAUCCACCCAGGAGCCUCUUUGGCUCCUGGCAGGAUUAUUACGCUUGGCGGGGUCUCAGUUUGGACUCACCCAUGGCUGUGCUUCUCACCUACCCGCUGACUGUGUACUACGUCAUCACCCACCUGGUGCCCCAGUCCUUCCCUGAGCUCAACAUCCAGAACAAACAGUCACUGAAGAUCCACGUGGUAGAAGCCAGGAAGGAGUUUGACCUUGUCAUGGUGUUUUGGGAGCUCUUGGUCCUGCUCCCCCAUGUGGCCCUGGAGCUGCAGUUUGUAGGGGAUGGCCUGCCCCCUGAGAGUGACCAGCGGCAUUUUACCCUGCAGAGGGAUGGCCCUGAGGCAUCUGUCCGUCCUGGUUCUGGCGCAUCAUCACGGCUCAGCUCUGGAACUAAAGAGAGAGGUUGUCGCAGGGAUCUGCAGAUCAAGGUGUCAGCAAGGCCCUACCACCUACUCCAGGGGCCCAAGCCUGACCUGGUUAUUGCCUCUCAUCUCUCUCUGUCCACAGGAUUUAACUCCGGCUUUGGUCUCAAAGACACUUGGCUGAGCUCUCUGCCCAGGUUACAGUCCUUCCGAGUGCCGGCCUUCUUCACCGAGAGCAGCGAGUACGGCUGUGUGAUGGACGACCAGACCAUGGCAGUGGCCACCGGAGGGGGCACCAGCCCUCCGCAGCCCAACCCCUUCCGCUCCCCCUUUCGCCUCAGAGCAGCGGACAACUGCAUGCCCUGGUACUGCAACGCCUUCAUCUUCCAUCUGGUCUACAAGCCUUCGCAAGGGGGUGGGGCCCGCCCGGCGCCCGGCCCCGCGCCCCCAGCCCCAACUCCUGCCGCUCCUCCCGCCCCCAACCGAAGGCGCCGAGGAGAAAAGAAACCCGGGCGGGUGGCCCGCCGGCGGAGAUGAGUGCUGAGACUGUAGCAGCCCACCCCUCUUCCAAACUCGCCUCCAAAAAGAAGACAAGAAAACACUCAAGGCUGAGUGGGGGGAUUGGUUGGCAGAAUACGAAGAGAUAAAUAAAAUCACUUGUUUGAAACC